UCAUAAUCAAGGUUUGACAGUAAUUUUUGACAGUUCGCUUAUAAGAAUUUUCUUUGGUUAAGACGGCAAAAUGUUCAUCACUAAUAUUCUACUCAAAAAAGCGAAAAGCAAGGACAUUAUGGUUGUGCUGGAGAGUGUUGUAAGUGGCCACCAAUUCGUUAAAAUUCGUGAAAGACUUGGUGAUAAGAUCGAAAUGUUACGAUUCGACCCGUACAUUCAGAAAAUGUGCUUGUAUCGAGAACGGAAGAAGAUUCGUAGUAUGUAAGGAGAAGUCUGGUAGCCGGGUCACAGAUCGCUUUUGGGCCGUUAGCAUUUUAGUAGUAUUACAGUAUCUGGGGCGAGGGGGGAACACAGUCAAACAUUUUCGUUGUUGGUUUUUUUUAUUGUAAUACUGGUUUUAUUGGAAUAUAAUUUGAUUACCACAAUUAAUAUGAAUAAAUUUGA